CCGGGUCCUGGCCCGGGCGUGCGCAGGGCUGAGUCCCCGGCUCGGGAAACAGCAGCAGGGGCAGGAACCCGCUGCCCGGAGGGGACCGGAGCCGAACCCAGCCCUGCCCGGUUCUCCCCAGUGAUCUCGGUCGCUGCCCCGAAGGGUCCCCGGCCUGGAUCCGCCCGGGCGCGUUCUCUGCACCGGGCCCCGGGGGGAGAUUUCGCCAAGCGGGAUCCCCCGGCCCGGCCGCGAUCCCCCGCAUGGAGCCGGGGGCAGAGCCCCGGGUCCCGGAUCUCCAGCGCUCCCCGGGCAGGGAGCUCCCCAGAGCCGCCCGCACAGGUGCCAGGAAGGAGGAGGAGAAUCCCCAGCAGGAGCCACACAGGCCGUCGCAGAGCCCCGAGCAGGGAGAGGCCAACAGGGUGGGACGGCAGGGGGGAGACCUCCGAGGGGUGGAAAAUGGCUUUGGGCUUCUCAAUAGCAUGUCUGUCCCCCAGAGACUGACCAUCUGUGGGCAAUGUGGGAAGAGCUUUAGCCAGUAUUCAGAUCUUAUUAAGCACCAGCGGAUCCACACGGGGGAGAGACCCUACAGCUGCUCCCAGUGCGGGAAGAGCUUCAGCCAGAGCUCCCACCUCACCAAGCAUCAGCGGAUCCACACCGGUGAGAGGCCCUACAAAUGCCCUGACUGCGGGAAGGGCUUCAACGACAGCUCCUACCUCCUGCAGCACCGCCGCACCCACACGGGCGAGCGGCCUUACGAAUGCCUGGACUGUGGGAAAAGCUUCGGAGACAAGUCAGGCCUUACACGCCACCAGAAGGUGCAUCACGGUGAGAGACCCUACGAAUGCCCUGACUGCGGGAAGAGCUUCAGCGACAGCUCCUACCUCAUCCAGCACCAGCGCAUCCACACGGGCGAGCGGCCCUACAAAUGCACCGAGUGCGGGAAGAGCUUCAGCCGGAACUCACACCUGGUUCAGCACCAGCGGGUCCACACGGGGGAACGCCCCUACAAAUGCGCUGAUUGCGGGAUGAGCUUCAGCCACAGCUCCACCCUGAUCGGGCACCAGAGGACCCACCGUGGUGAUAAGCCCUACAAAUGCCCCCAGUGCAGGAAGAGCUUCCGGCACAAGUCAACCCUCGUGAAGCACCAGCGGACCCACACCGGGGAGCGGCCCUACAGCUGCCCCAAGUGUGGGAAGAGCUUCAGCUGGGGCUCAGCUUUCAUCAAGCACCAGCGCACCCACACGGGGGAGCGACCCUACCAAUGCACCCAGUGUGGGAAGGGCUUUGGGGACAGCUCGGCCCUGAUCCAGCACCAGCGCACCCACACCGGGGAGCGGCCCUACAAGUGCUCUGAGUGUGGGAAGGGCUUUGGUGACAGCUCCACCCUGAAUCAGCACCAGCGCACCCAUUCGGCAGAGAAACCCUACAAAUGCCCAGAGUGUGGGAGGAGCUUCAUCCUCAGCUCCCACCUUGUCCGGCACCAAAGGGUCCACGUGGCCUAGAGUCCCCAUGUGAGGACAGGUCUGUUCACUGUUCACAUCUCUUUAGGGACCUUAGAAACCAGGCUUCCUUAGAGACCAGAGACAGGCCUCUUUAGGGACCAGGCCUCCUUAGAAACCAAGGACCUUGGAGACCUGGGACCAGGCCUCUUUAGGGACCAGGCCUCCUUAGAAACCAAGGACCUUAGAGACCAGAGACCAGGCCUCUUUAGAGAGACGGAACAGGCUCUUUAGGAACCACAGCAGCCCAGAGACCUGACAUAGUUUUUCCCCUGGGGCAAGGCACAGCCCAUUGCGAUAUGGAUGCAGCGUGUGUAUGGGGGGAAGGGGGGACGGGAAUGACUGAGGGGCCCAUGGGUGGAAAUUAGUUGAAGUGGGGAAGGAAGUGAACAUGGGGGUCCCUUCUGCCCCAGUCAAGAUGGGGCUAUUAGAAAUGCUUAGAGGCCACACGGCAGGGUUCUCAGCCUGGGAUCGCUGCCCCACAAAGGGGGUCGUGGUAACCCUACCCCUUCCUUGUUGCUAAGGGGGGGGGGAGGGUUCCCGGCUAUAUGGCAGUGGGAUCCUGGUAGGGAAAAGGUGAGAAUCCCCAUAAUAGCGAGGGAGUGAUCUCUGAAGGACUUGGGGGUUUUUGUCUGUGCCCGCUCCUGGGUGGGGUUGGGGGGGACCUGUUCCUUCGUUCCCCUGGAACUCCACAGCUCUGGUCCUCAC